ACCCCCGCCCCUCAUCAUAGCGCCGGCCGACCCGCAACCACCACCCAUGAGGUUACCUCUAGACAUGGCCGUGCGGGGAAGUGAACCUGAGUCCUUGAGUUACGAGGUGCAGCUCAACAAGGACUCAGCCCUAGGGUUGGGGAUAACAGUCGCAGGCUACGUGUGUGAGCAGGAGGAGCUGAGUGGUAUAUUCGUCAAGAGCAUCAGUGAAGGCAGCUCUGCUGAUCUCUGUGGCAAGAUACAAGUCAAUGACAGGAUUGUUGAGGUUGACGGAGUCUCCCUACAUGGGGUGACGAACCACAGAGCUGUGGCGCUUCUUAGAGAUGCCAAAGGACCUGUGGUCAGACUGAAAGCGUUGAGAUACCUCAGGGGAGCGGGGUUUGAGAAGCUUCAGCGUGCGUUGGCAGCUCAAGAUGGCCGCCGGGAGCCCGUAGCACCGCCCAGCCCUUCGGUCACGUCUUUAGCGAAAUACAGCUUCAGUGUGUACGACGAAUCAACAGUUAUAGAAGUUGAAGCCGACUCAGAGAUCCAGCCGCAUCUCCCCUCCCCAACCUCCCCAUCUGAGGAGGCGGAGAUCGUCAUCGGCAGGGUGGACGAAACUCCUCAGAGGGAGAGGAGGAUCCAGGAUAAAUGGCGGGAUGCAUUGUCCAAGGAUCAGGACUGGCCGGGGAAUCAGCACGAGUUUGAUAUUAUUGUCGGCACAAUAAUGAAAGAGAAGGACAGCGGAUUAGGUAUCUCUCUCGAGGGUACCGUCAGGGUGGUGGGGGGUAAGGAGGUGCAAGCUCGCCAUUACAUCAGGGCGAUAGCACCCAAUGGACCCGUGGCUAAACUGGGCUUGUAUAGAGUCGGAGAUGAAUUGUUGGAGGUCAACGGCUGGCGGGUACUAGGAGCUCAUCAUGUGGAGGUGGUGACGCGGUUGAGAGCCGUGACGUCACCGGUCGUGUUGGUGUGCGUGAGGAAGAGAGACGAUGUCCCGAAAAGCGGGAUGGAGAAUAACCUUGGAAGGAACCAAAUCCUGGGCGGCAGUCUGCAAGACCUCCUGACUCCUCCUCAGAGGCUGAUCAAGGCCAAAUCCGAGAGUUCUGUCGCGUCCAUGUGCAGUGCCACCACUGUCAUGUCAGCUGGUCAUGACCACGAUGAGUUCUGUCACGAGGACCUGGAGAGGCAGCGGUCGAGGUCUCUGGAGCCCCUCAGCGGCCUGGCGAUGUGGAGCGACAGGAUCACAUACAUACAGCUGCUGAAGGAGGAACGAGGGCUUGGCUUCUCUAUAUUGGAUUAUUUGGACCCUUCGGAGCCCGGGAGCUCAGUAAUCGUGGUGCGGUCGGUGGUGGCGGGCGGCGCGGCCGCGGCGGACGGCCGCCUGGCGCCCGGAGACCGCCUCAUGUCCGUCAACGGGCGAGACGUGGCCAGGAGUCCGUUGGCCGCCGCCGUCCAAGCUAUCAAGGGGGCUAAUAAAGGAAUAGUAACUAUAGGCGUGGCCAAGCCUCUUCCUUGCAGUACUGUAGUUGGCGGCGAGAAGGCGAAUGGUCACAGCAUGCAGAGCAGUCAGGAAUGUAUAAACUCCCUCGCUUCUGAUGACCACACGGGAAUGGAUUCCUUCCACGAGUGUCUACAAGAAUAUGGGGAAGGUCUAGAAGUAGUCCAAAUAUGUUUAGAACCUGAAGAAUCAUCAAUUAAGGACGAGGAAGUAUCCGCCUUUGGUGAUUUCAGUUGUGAUGAUGUCAAGGUUGACGCUAAGAAAGACGAUAGAAUAAAUGGCGUAUCUGAUUUGAAAACAUCAAAGUCUGUCGAGUCAUUAGAUGAUCAAGAUGACGACAUGACCAUCACUGAGGAUGAUGCUUUAGUAACGCCCAGAGAACUGAAUUUAAGAAGUAAAUCAGUAGAUAGAAAAGAAGAUGAAGAACCAUGUUUGUCUACACAACAGAGUAAAGAUAUUUCCACAUCAGACGAAAUGGUAUUCGCCGUGACCCCAACAGGCUUAGAAAGGAUUAGUUUCGAUAAAUACUGGAAGGAGUGCGAUGAAAAUAGAGUCGGUAAAACGACUCUAGAGAAGGUUAAAAGUGACGAGAGUUGGAAAGAGUGUUUGAAUUCGCCGGACGAAGCCAUUAGAUUUUUCGAUACGACCAAAAACAUUUCCGUCCAGGAAGACAAUUCUCUUUUGUAUAUCGAUCACGAAGUAGACGGGUACGAAACGUGUCUCGACGACGACUCCUCAUCUGCGAAGUGUGCAGUUAAAAACGCUCGUAAAAACAACGCCGAUCACAUCAAAGACAAGAGUAAACACGAUAAAAUAGUUAGAAACAAAGACAACGACGUAAGUGCCAAAACUGUGAAUGCACAGAUCACUGCCAAUGUCGCGGAAGAUGCGUCGUCUUACGGCCAUCCGUACGUUCAAGAGCAUAUAAUUAAACAAAUGAAGUCCUUGAGAAUUGAACCAAUAAAUGUUAACAUAAGUAGUAAUAAACUCAAAAAGAGAAGUCCUACAAAACCGUCCAAGAAGGAGCGUAAAUGCGUUGAGUAUUACAACGACCAAGACGAGUGUUUAAAGGAGAUACGUCAGAAAAAACUGGAGGCAGAAGAGAAGAAAUAUAAAGAUGAACAGAACAAGAUAUUAGCGAACAACUUGGCGACCAUGGAGAAGAAGUUGCAACUGAAGAAGCAAACGCCCAGUGAGGAGUCAACCGAUUUGGACAGCAGUUACGUUCCGGGGUGCCACAAAUGUUUCUUAGAGAAUUACGCGUACGCUAUAACUAAAGCGUAUAUAGCUGAGGCGAACGCUUGUAAAUUCUGUGAAGUGAUUAGGGAUAUGUUGGAGGGGCCUAAGAUUAUACCUGACAGACGUAUGUCAGCUCCAGCGUUGGUGAAUUUGGACAGUGGUGGAUCUGAGACUGAUGAUGAGAACUUCUUAAUGGCGCCCGUAGUGAAGGACAGAAGAAAAUCCGCUGGGCCGUUGAAGUUCCUCGUGCCAUCGAGGAGAUCUAGCUACAUACCUCAACCAGCCAUGACAGUGACCGUGUGUGACCGCACGGAGACCCUGGUGGCCCAGCGCUGGGGCCCGCCCAGACUGGUGACCCUGAAGAGGGAACCCGGGGCCCCUUUGGGGGUCAGCAUCGUCGGCGGAAAGGUCGAUAUAAUAACUGGAGAAGAUGAUGAAGGAGAAGAGAAAGCCAUAUUUGGAAUCUUCAUCAAGAACGUGGUACCAGGAAGUCCAGCGGGAAACAGUGGUGAACUACAGACGGGAGACAGGAUCCUGGAAGUGGACGGCACAUGCGUGAGGAACGCCCAGCAUGAAAGGGCUGUCCAGCUAAUCAAGAUGGCCGGCGACGUCGUCACGAUCACUGUGCAGAGUCUUUUAGCCUGGAACACAGACUCCUCGGACAUGGAACAAACCACUCCCGUGACGUCACCAGCCCACUCCAUGCACUCCAGAAAGUCUCCAGCUCCAUCUAUCCUGAAGACGCCGCAACAUGAGAUCAAGAUAACAGUGACAGAGGCUGGAAAGGAUUCAGAAACAGAGAAAGAAGAACCACAGAAACCAGAGGAGCCCAAACCGGAGUAUUCUGAUGAUUCAGAUGACAGUGAUGAAGAAGAUGAGAGAGAACUAGGAGGCAGAGUGUACUCUGAUAAAGGGGUUGAGAUCGACCGAGCGUCAGCUGGAGCUGUGAAGCGCAGCAAAGAAGAGAAGGAAGCUGACCCAGAGGAAGAAGAUGAAUUCGGCUACACGACAAACAAAAUCCGAAAGAAGUACGGGUCAUUGGGCGACAGCGUGUUAGCUGUGAAGUUGGAGAGGAGUCCUCGAGCGGGGCUGGGGCUGAGCCUGGCGGGCCACCGGGACAGGAGCAAGAUGGCCGUGUUUGUGUGCGGACUGAACCCGGCCGGGGCGGCUGCCAAGUCCUCGCCGGCCGUUAAAGUCGGCGAUGAGAUCUUGGAGGUCAACGGAAUCGUCCUCCACGGAAGGUGUCAUUUGAACGCCUCAGCCAUCAUUAAAGGUUUAGUGGGGCCCGUCUUCAAGAUUAUAUUAUUACGGCGCAAGGCGGCGUUAGAAGAUGUGGCGGUUAAACCUCUGACACACUUGCAGUUUCCCGUGGCUUUGGAAGAAGAGACGGAGGACCGCUUCGCUCAGUACAAGGGUGUACGAGACAUUACUGUUAAGAAGGGUUCCUCCGGUCUGGGCAUCAUGAUCAUCGAGGGUCGCCACACGGAGGCAGGCCGCGGGAUCUUCGUGUCUGAUCUCCAAGAGGGAAGUGCGGCUGAACAGGCUGGGCUUCAAAUAGGUGACAUGAUUUUGGCCGUCAACAAAGACUCAUUACUCAGAUGCAGUUAUGAUGCUGCAGCGGCAAAGUUAAAACACGCGGAAGGCGUAGUGGUUUUGACUGUGUGUACUCCCAACCUUAAGGAUGACAGGAGGGAGGAAGUGGCUUCCACCACUCCCGUACCAGGUAGCAGUACGGCCACGUCUAGACCCGCCAGCAGGAACCCCACGCCGGAGCCCGCGCGCGCGGGCAGCCCCCGGGCGCAGACCCCCAAGCCGGAGCCCCCAGCUGUCGUGGAAGAGCCAAUACAGAUCUCCGACGUGAUAGUACCCAAUCAAGAGACCACGAUUGAGAUCAAGAUGAACGUAGAAGACUGCGCUCCAGAGGUUUACCCCAACAUGGGGAUACUGUUUUUGGCUGGUAACGACACCGAUUUCAAAGGUCCAGCGGCCAUUGUGUACGAAAUUUACAGGUUGGGGUGUGUGGGCAAAGAUGGUCGUAUCACUCUCGGAGAUCAGAUCAGAAUGGUUAACAGAGUGAGGAUAUCUGAGGACAUGACUUAUGCGCAAAUACGGAAGAUUAUCCUGUUCCACAAACAAGCUACGCUAACUGUUACUGUUUUCCGUCCUGAACCGACCCCUUACUACGUUUAUGAGGUACGCCUAGCGAAGAAAAAGGAGACUAGAGCGUUGAAACUCACCUUCAAGGAAUACCAGAUAAAUGAGAAAUACCCAGGAGUGUACGUUACCGACCUGGACGACAACACCGGUGGUUAUGAGCUAGUCCGGGUUGGUGAUAUAAUUGUGUCAGUGGACGGCGUAGAAGUGCAUUCGUUGCAAGACGCAUGUAGAGAAAUUUACGAUCGUAAGAAAAAAGCUGUUCUUAUAAAAUUCAAACGAUUCCAGAUGGUGAAACUGUAAGUUAGGCGGAUUUUUUUUUGUAAGUACAUGGAGUAAACGGGUACGUCUUCUUGAGUAAGAAUAUGUCAAAAAUUUGAUGAGAUAUUGUAU